CCACAAUGUAGUCACCAACAUUCUCUUUUUUUUCUCUUCUCUAUGCACUCCUCAAAUUAGAAGAAACUACUAAAGAAACGUAGUGAAAACAAGUUCUAUUACCAUGCAUAAACUCACACUCUUUCUCUUUUGUAUCAUUUUCUCCGCAUUCACCGUUGGUUUUGCAGAUCAUGCAGACAAAACACAAAAUCCAUUCACUCCAAAAGCGUUCGUGAUUCGCUACUGGGACAGAGUGAUCAACAACCACCUCCCAAAACCAUCAUUCAUCAUUUCCAAGGCGUCGCCACUUAGCGCAGCAGAUGCAACCGCUUUCGCCAAACACAUAGCUGACAACACACUCUCCACAAAGCUACCGGAAUUCUGCUCCGCCGCGCACCUCCUCUGCUUCCCCGACGUAAAUCCCAGCCUUGCAAAACACUCACAGGACUCCAAAUUCUCCGUCUACAACGACGGUCAGAACUUCACCAACUACGGCACAGAGAGACCGGGCGGACUCGACUCAUUCAAAAACUACUCCAACGGCUUCGAAAGCAAUCCGAUCAACGAAUUCCGUCAGUACAGCCGCAGUUCCGCCGGACACAACGACAGUUUCACGAACUAUGCCGAUUCAACCAACGUCGCUGAUCAGAGUUUCAACACCUACGGUUCCGCCGCCGCUGGUGGCGCCGGCGAAUUCAAAGAAUACGCCAAAGACACCAACGUCCCUAACCUCAGGUUCACCACUUACUCUGUCGCGACCGCCGGCAGACAACAGACGUUCUCAAGCUACAGCGAGAACGGAAACGCCGGCGAUCAGAGUUUCGGUAACUACGGAAAAGACUCCGCCGGUGCUGAAAACAAUUUCAAACAGUACGGAACGGACUCUAACGUUGCAUCAUCAGGUUUUACUAGUUACGCAGAUAAAGGCACAGGUAACAAAGACACUUUCACUAAUUACGGUGUUAACAUGAAUAAUCCAACUGAAGAUUUCAAAAACUACGCCAGAGGAAGUUUAGGAGUCACUGAGAAAUUCUCAAAUUACAGAGACCAAUCUAACGUCGGUGCUGAUUCGUUUACUUCUUAUGCUAAGGAUGCAGAAACUGGGACUCAUGUUGAUUUUAAUAACUAUGGAAAAUCCUUUAACGAAGGAACCGACACUUUUAAAGGUUAUGCUAAAGGUGCUGGUGCUGAUCAUAAGGUUACUUUCAAAGGUUAUGGUCUUAAUAACACUUUCAAGGAUUAUGAUAAGAAAGGUAUUUCUUUUGCUAAAUACACUAAUGCUUCUUCUUCUUCAAUUAAUGCUGUUUCUGUUAGUGAUAGUUUGGCAAAGAAAUGGGUUGAACCGGGUAAGUUUUUCCGCGAAAUGAUGUUGAAGCAAGGUGUGGUUAUGCCUAUGCCUGAUAUUAAGGAUAAGUUACCGCAAAGGUCGUUUUUGCCUCGUAAUAUUUUUACUAAAUUGCCUUUUGCAACUUCGAAGUUGAAUGAGUUGAAGCAAGUUUUUAAAGUGUCUGAGAAUUCGUCUAUGGAUAAGAUGAUUGUUGACUCGUUGGGCGAGUGUGAGAGGGCUCCGAGUAAGGGAGAGACUAAGCGAUGUGUAGGGUCGCUUGAGGACAUGAUCGACUUUGCAACUUCGGUAUUGGGACAUGAUGUUACCGUUCGAUCCACGGAGAAUUUAAAUGGAUCGGGAAAAAGUGUUAUGGUGGGUCAAGUUAAGGGGAUAAACGGCGGGAAAGUGACUCAAUCUGUGUCGUGUCAUCAGAGUUUGUUUCCUUCUUUGUUGUACUAUUGUCAUUCCGUUCCAAAGGUUCGCGUUUAUGAAGCGGAUCUUUUGGACCCUGAAUCAAAGGCCAAGAUCAAUCACGGUGUUGCGAUUUGUCACUUGGAUACGACUGCUUGGAGUCCAACCCAUGGUGCAUUCAUGGCUCUUGGGUCUGGUCCAGGCCGAAUUGAAGUGUGCCAUUGGAUCUUUGAGAACGAUAUGACUUGGACUACUACUACGGACUAGGAGCAUCUUCGACCCCAUGUCAACAUGUUUUUAAUUCAAUCUCAUGUCAAGUAUCUGGUUUCUAGUUUCCUAUUUUUAGAAAUAAAUGGUUAUGUCAUUGGAAGAAAAUGUACUAUUUAUCAUCUACUAUGUAAGUUUGGAUUGAAGAUCAGUUUGAGAGAUAAUUAUAAUGUGCCAAUGUGAUUUAAGAAAAUGUUACAAACUUAAAGUUUUAAUAAAAUCACACGGUACUAUCUUGAUAUA